AUAUAAAAUUAACUUCAAGCAGUUUUUUUCUAAUACAUUAAAUGUAGUUAGGUUAAUGUAGUUAAAUUAUUUAAGGAAUAUUAAAAUGACGACAAUUCUGUAUACAAUAGCAUAUUUCAUGUUUUUCUUUGUAUUUUUACAAAUUGAAGCACCAACCUGUUCAAAAAUGAAGGCGGCAUUUCUAAAAAACUUUUUAGGAACUGCUCAAUGGAAAAACAUAAAUGAUGUUGAUUUUAUUACUUACUGUGGACGCAAAUAUGAUCAUAACCAAAUAGUCGGAAUGGAUAUUACAAUUCAUAGCUGCAAUACGAAUAUACGAUUAGCUAAACUAUUAUUGGAAUGUUCGUAUGCAAACAUUUUAAAAACAAUUUUCACUUUUAUAGAUUACUUUCAAGAACAUUGUAAAUCGUUGUUAAAUAGUGAAGACAAAAAUGAUAAUGCGAUCCAUUGCACCAUUGAGUUAUUAGAUACUAUAUCUACUAGCUUAUGUCCAUUAGUAAUACUAAUGAAAAGAGCUUUAGAUACUAUGAACAUAUUACGUCAUGAGCCUUGGAUAAAUAGUCCAAUGAAAAGCUGUAUACUGUGUAAAAUGACAUCAUCCUUAUCAGAUGAGUCUUUUUUAAACUUUUUAUCACCUUCAAUAAUUGAUUUAUUGAAUAUAGAAAGUAAAUUAAUUACAAUCAAAAAAUUUUUUUCCACAAGACGCAAGGAACUAAAUGUCGACAUGAAAUUUUGUCAUUUUAAAGACCACAAUAAUUAUACUUUAGAUUGUGAAACAUUAAAAAACGAAUAUGAUUAUUUAAAAACCAAAGAAAUCGAAGAAGCAGCAAUACAGGAGUUCUAUCAUUUUCUAAAAAUAAAAAUCGAAAAUGUAGCACAAUGGACAGUCAAAAACAGAUAUAAAGCUUUAGGUUUUCAGUGCGUCUUAAACACUUACGGGACAUUUUUACUGCAAGAUCAGAAGAAGCCCAAGGGUAAAAAAAAUUCAUCUGAAAAAAAAACUCAAACAUUACCACAUGAAAAUUUGGAAGAAGAAAUGAAUAGAAUUUCAUCAGUAGAUUUACCUCAAAUUUUUCCGCUAGAAAAUUCUGAAGAAGGAAUGAAUAGAAUUUCAUCAGUAGAUUUGCCUCAAUUAUUACCACAAGAAAAUUCUGAAGACGAAUUAAUUAGAACUUCAUCAGAAAAUUUAGCUCAUACAUUACCCCAUGAAAAUUUUAAAGAAGAUUUAAUCAUUUUUCACACAUUAGUUUGUGGCUCAGAAAAUAAUGGUAAUAGAAAUGUAAAAUAUUUUACCUGAGGUAGUAUUUUAUUCUUUCAAUAUGUUCAGAUAUAUGUAUUUGAUUAAUUUUAUUUUGUUUAUCAUGAUUAACAUACUCUCUAAAAGCUACUACUUAUGCCAGAGAGGACGAGUAAAAACUACAUAGGCCAACGCAACGGAAUAAAAACCCCAGUACUUACGCACCGAGGUUUGACGCAUUACCGACUGACCUAGGUAGACCGCCUAUAAUUGUAAUAUUUAAUUUAUUUCUUACAAUUUAUCAAGAAAAAUUCUUUUUAAUGAGGCUGUAUUAUUCAAACCUAAGCGAACGCGGUUCAAUUACUUUGCAAAAUUCAUGACGAAUUCUCUAAUAAUAUAGAAACGCUAUCAGAAAAAAAUAAGUCAUUCUAAUUUGGUUAAAAAAAAGUUUCAUGUGAAAAAUAUAAUACGUUUCUCAUAUUUUAUUCCUUAUUUUUUCAAAUUCUUCAUUUUCCAAACUAAAAAUUUAUAAUUUCAUCUUAUUCGAUUUUAUAUUUCA